GGAUUACCCGGAACUCAUUUUGCAUUUUAGACGCUGAUAGCCGGCGGGAUUAAAGAACAGUGCCAUUUCCGGUGCCACCGGAAGCAAUUUCACCAUGGCUACUUCUGUGGACGCGCCUGCCAAAGAAGCUCGAAAAAGUGACUCUCAGCAGCAGAAACAGAAGCGCGAGAACCAAGAUGAGGCGGAACUCCUCACUGUUCCUGAUGGUUGGAAGGAGCCAGCUUUUUCCAAAGAGGACAAUCCCAGAGGACUGUUGGAAGAAAGCAGCUUUGCAACCUUGUUCCCAAAAUACCGAGAGGCUUACCUGAAAGAGUGCUGGCCAUUGGUCCAGAAAGCCUUGAAUGAGCACCAUGUUAAAGCAACGCUGGACUUGAUUGAGGGUAGCAUGACUGUCUGUACAACAAAGAAGACUUUUGACCCUUACAUCAUCAUCAGGGCCCGAGACCUAAUAAAGCUCUUGGCGAGGAGUGUUGCCUUUGAACAGGCAGUACGGAUACUUCAGGAUGAUGUUGCGUGUGACAUCAUUAAAAUCGGCUCUCUAGUGAGAAAUAAAGAGAGAUUUGUGAAAAGAAGACAGCGGCUUAUUGGUCCCAAAGGAUCUACGUUGAAGGCGUUGGAACUCCUGACAAACUGCUACGUCAUGGUUCAGGGGAACACCGUCUCCGCCAUCGGCCCCUUCAGUGGCCUGAAAGAGGUUCGAAAAGUAGUCCUUGAUACCAUGAAGAAUAUCCAUCCAAUUUAUAACAUUAAAACCUUGAUGAUUAAACGGGAGUUGGCAAAAGAUUCCGAGUUACGAUCGCAGAGUUGGGAAAGAUUUUUGCCACAGUUCAAGCACAAAAAUGUGAAUAAACGCAAGGAACCCAAGAAGAAGAGUGUCAAGAAGGAGUACACGCCCUUCCCUCCCCCGCAGCCGGAAAGUCAGAUUGAUAAAGAAUUGGCUAGUGGUGAAUACUUUUUGAAGGCGAAUCAGAAGAAGCGGCAGAAAAUGGAAGCAAUAAAGGCCAAGCAAGCAGAAGCUCUUACAAAGAGGCAGGAAGAACGAAACAAAGCCUUUAUCCCACCUAAGGAAAAGCCAGCGGUGAAGCCAAAGGAAGCUUCUACUGAAACUAAGAUUGACGUGGCUGCUAUCAAGGAAAAGGUUAAGAAAGCUAAGGCGAAGAAACUGGGCGCCCUUACAGCGGAGGAGGUAAAGCUCAAAAUGGAGGCCGACGAGAAGAAGCAGAAGAGGAGAAAGUAACAGUGGAAGAAGGCCGGACUUUCUAAGGGGUUUCCUUUUGUAAAGGAUUUUGAGAUGCGAAGGCUUUAGCCGAGUCAAACUCAGAAAAUCAUGACCAGUUUUCUUCUGGUCAUGGAUGUAUGUUUUGUAAAUGUGUAGGUGGUAGAUACCUAUGUGUACAUUGUGCCCAACCAGUCCCAGGCAGGUUUUGCCUAGAUGCUUUAGGAAUACCUGUUAUUUUAAAUUAUAUAGAGUUUUGGAAUGAAACUAUUCAAAUCCAA